AUGCAGAUUGAGGAUGAAACUCAAGUCUCUCGAGCAACCCAGGGUGAACAGGAUAACUAUGAGAUGCAUGUCAGAGCUGCAAACAUUGUCCGAGCUGGUGAGUCCCUGAUGAAACUUGUGUCGGACCUGAAGCAGUUCUUGAUCCUCAAUGAUUUCCCCUCUGUGAAUGAAGCUAUCAACCAGCGCAACCAGCAGCUGAAAAGCUUGCAGGAGGAAUGUGACAAGAAAUUGAUUGCACUACGGGAUGAGAUCUCCAUUGACCUUUACGAGCUAGAAGAAGAAUAUUACUCUUCCAGCUACAGUCUGUGUGACAGCAAUGAUCUUCCACUGUGUGAAGCCUACUGGAGACAAGACCUUGCCACGCUGUCCCCUGAAAGCCUCUCCAUUCCUCUGACAGCUGCCACAGCAGAGCAGAGCGUUGCUACCUCUCAGAGCUCAACCCCAUCGCACCCGCAUGUGAACGGGCACGGGGCAGGCCCGACGGAGCACUCCUGAUUCUCUGGACGCCAGGAUUCUCUGCUGGCUGCAUGCAUUCCUCCUGGUGGCACUGGGCUGCUGGAAGUCUUCCACCUGCUGCACUGAGCACACAUCUCCCACUGUCAGGAUAAUGCACUGGAGUCGUAUUUGCAGGUUGCUGUUCACUGGAGAGCCUCAGUGCUUUUUCCAUUGCCACAAGCGUUCCUCUCCCUUGAGAGAAAGUAAUAAGUAGAUACGAAUGUGAUUGUUCUAACAAACUUGAGUUAGGUCUGCUUUUACAUUACUUUAUGAUGGUUCCGUGCAGAAUUAAUUAGAAAUCCAGUGCUUGCUUCCAUUUGAAUCUUACAAUCAGUACAUGAUAGAGUGCUGGGAACUAAAUUUGUUUGGGAUAGGACACUUGAGCCAAAUUUUUGGGGGUAGUGAGCGUUUUGGUUUUUUCCUCUGUUACCUCAGAAGUAAGGUGGUUAAUUUUCUGGCUGCUUUAAAAGUCUUUUGGGAUGCCAUCAGCCAACCUCUGUUUUACUUAUCUGGAAUAAGAAUCUCCUCGGCUUUUUUUGCAGGGCACUCUUUACCUGCAAAGUGCUUCAAAAACUUGAACUCUUCCCUUGGUAUCAUUUGGGAGAAAGAUCUCCUGGAGACACUUGUCAGAGCAGUAUUUUUCCUUUUGGAAAGGAAGGGGCAAACUGAGGAAUCAAGCUGUGGUAUUAAUGAUGCAACUUGCUCAAUGCUACAGAGAGAAGCAGUAGCAGACUGAGUGUUUACACAGAAACCUUCCGUUAACAUAGCUUGAGCUAAUACAAAGCUAGCAUUUACGUUGGUUAAGUUUCAUUUAGUAAAUGUUGACUGGAGACAACUGAGGGCCUACCUGACACUGAAGGGAUAUUAAGUUAUUCACUUUCUUGCAGAUUCCUUUCUAAGAAAUGCUGUCAGUGUUUUGUCCACAGUUAUUCAGCAACUUGGCCCUUCCACUGCCCUUUGCAAUUAAUUCUAACUACACUUAGAGGAGAAGGUAUUUGAACUAGAAUAUGGUCAUGACAGCUUAGUGUCUGGAAACCACAGAGCUACUGAUGCAUUUGGAGCAAAUGUCUUAGCUGAGCUUUUCCAGCAUUCUGUAACUUCUUUUCCAAGGAUGUGAAUUUUGGUUUACUUUUGGUUUUUACUUUUUUCCCAUUCCAUUUUUUUGUAAUU